GGGGACGUUGACAGAGACUGUCGUACUGUUCCUAGGAAAUGAACACUUUCAGAAGGCUGAGCAAGUGAGGUGGGGGGACUUUGGGUUGGUUAUUGAGUGAAGGGCCCCUCUUAGCAAAAGAACGCUGAAGCUAAACUUUGGGGUGUUCCCUACCAGGUUGGGAGGGAUGCUUCUUCUUAAUGUUGCCAGAGGCAGAAGGAAAUGAGAUCUCCAGCUGUUGGUUUUCCUUUCCUGAAACUGUGCCCAGCUAGGGGUGGGAGAUGGCAAAAGACAGAUGUGACAGGAGCUCCCAAGUUUCCCUGAGAAAUGCUUUCUCACCUUGUCCCUGGCACAGGUCCAGCUGAGCUCCUAGGCCUUUUUAUGAAGUGGUCUUGAGCCAGUCCUGUGUGUCAGCAGAAUCAAGGAUCUACCAGGAAGAGGCAGGACCUCUUAAAGGAGGGCAGGUCCCCUUCUAAGCUGCAUGGUGACCAGUUCAGGCUGCUAUUUUUCUUAUCUUGGAGUUAAGGGAUAGCAGCACCUCCCUACGGGCUACUGGGGUGGUGUGAGUGGAGAAAGACCACUGGUACCUUCUUGCCUGGGAUCACUGAAUGGCUUCCUGCCCUCUGGAGGAGCCUGAUGGGUGUAAACCUUGGAGAGCUGGGUAAGGGAGCAGGGCUCAGCACAGGUGGGCACAUGUGCUUGAAGAGAGCUUGGUGGUUGAAGAGAGUGUCUCUGAGGUGUUGCUGCUGCUGUCGGCGUUUCUGGGGCUGAGGGCAGGAAAUGAGACAUUAAGCCUUUGUAGGGCCCUUGCCUUGUGCCAGAAUUCCAAGAUGACAUGUGCAUGUUGGGAAUUGCAAAAAAAUGAGGCAUUUGUGUGAAAUGCUGGUGUCGAGCCCCUCACCUCACUGACUUGGCAGCAUUCGGUGGCCAUAACACUUGGAGCCUUAAUUUUCCCACAGUGUAAGACAUCACACUCUUGUCCCCAGCUAGGUGUUCUCAUUCCUGUGUGAGGACACACCUGUCUUAUAAAGUCAGGUGUAUAUGUGGGGGAGAGUCAGGAAAGCAGGAGGCACCUAACAGGCCCCAUGGCUGAGUUGGGCCGAUUGAUGGGUCAGCCCAGGGUACUGUGGACUGGGACAGAAAUAGAAGUGACAGAGAUGGCAUUUGAGGCAAGAAAGCUGUUGGGGCUGGCCAGGCCUGGGGUGGGGUGGCUUAGUUAGCUCCAGUAUGCAGGGAAGCAAUGAGUAGAAACUUGGUGCUGUGGAGUUUGCAGCCUGAGAGAAAAGGCCAAAGGCUUCAUUCCCAUGCAGAGAUCUGCUCUUUGCCACGUGGCUGCAUUCCUGUCCUGAAUAAAAAAGCCCCUUCCUCUGGCAUCCUUACCACAUUUCAAGUGCUAGCAGCUGCCCUUUUGGACAAGGAAUAUGUCAAAAAUUCUCUUGGACAGCACUGAUCCACGAACUCAGGCCGGCCCAGAGAGACAUGCUGCUGGAGUAUAGUCUAACCAGCUGACCCCAUCCUCAGCGAAUUUCCACUCUGUGUUGGAGGGUGGACAGUCUGGGAGCCCAUCGGUGUGGAUGGCGAGUGGGGUGACAUGCCAGAGGAUGGAAGGUGUGGAGGGCAGGGCCUGGGAGCCCUCUCUUUCUCUUCCAUCUGCCCUGGUACAGGGAGACCUCCAGGCCCUUGCCACUGUGGUGGAUGUAGCUGUGCCAGGUCAUGCCCUCAUCUUCCUCAGGGCACAGCACUUCAGGAAGGUCCUUCACAGGGACUGCUGCCAGGUUCCAGGUUAGCAAAUGACACGGCCCCAUACCCCAUGUCCUCCCUUCAGCAGAAUAGAUGUGGCCUGGCCAUGGGGCCUCACACAUACUUCAGAGGCUGUGUCUGCCUCGGCCAGUGAGCUCAUUCGUUAAGUUUCUUAUGAGAUUUUUCUUGUAUAGGUUGCUGAGCUGGACAGCCCCGUGGGGCUUUUGGGCACCUCUUACUAGGACCAAGGGCCCAUUAAGCUGUCUGCAUCCUGGAACUCCCCGGAGACUGGGCCCCUUCCACCUCUCACAGGAGAGACCUUGGCAGGAGUUCAGCCUGCAUCCCUAAGUGGAGCAAGAGCUGCUCAGGCCCUUCCCUUGUCUGGCAGCUGGCCUUCUUCCCUGUGCUUCAUUCUGUUGGCAAGCUCUGCUGCCUGGAUGAGCCUCAGAAGGGCCACCUUGAGUAGGGAUGCAGCUGGUGCUCAAGAACCUCAUUGCUUCCUGUUCCUGGCUGACCUUCCCGGACAGCUGUGGUCUUGAGGCCAAAGCAGAAAUGAGGAGCGGGAAGGCCUCUUGUGCCCUGGAGACCGUCUGGGAGGACAAGCACAAGUAUGAGGAGGCCGAGCGGCGCUUCCAUGAGCGGGAGGCCACGCAAGCCGCCGCCUCUGCCCAACAGCUCCUGACACAGGUGCCAGCCGUGAACGGGCCCGGUCAGGAGGACACCGAGGAGGCCAGCGAGGCAGGGGCCCCCGAUACCAGCAGCAGCAGCAGCGAUCCCAGGAAGAGCCGUGACAGCAAGAAGCCCCUGCAGAAGAAGAGGAAGCGCUCCCCUAAGAGCUGGCUCGGCCAGGUGGACCUGGCCCUCGUGGGCCUCUCAGCUGAUCACGUGUGGCUGGACAAGCCACUCUUCGACCAGGCAGAAAGUUCCUACCGCCAGAGGCUGGCAGAUGUGGCCGCCCAGGCAGCCCAGCUGCCUGCCCUGGCCCCUUGGGGUCCCUGCACACAUGGGAACCAGGUGGCCUGUCACCACGUGACCUGGGGAGUCUGGGUCAACAAGUCUUCCUUUGACCAGGCCGAGCGGGCUUUUGUGGAGCAGUCUCAGACCCUGCUGCUGACCGCAGAGGGGAGCUGCAGGCAGGGGGCUCCUGAUGCAGGCCAGCUGCUGGCCACUCCCAGCCUGGCCCUGGUUCACCAGCCCAGCCCACCAGCCAACGGCCAGCCUCCUCUGGGCAGCCUACAGGCACUGGUCCGGGAGGUGUGGCUGGAGAAGCCCCAGUAUGAUGCUGCCGAGAGGGGCUUCUAUGAAGCCCUGUUUGAUGGCCAUCCUCCCGGGAAGGUGCGCCUACAGGAGCGAGCUGGCCAGGCAGAGGGCACCCGGCGGGGCCGCAGAGACCGGCGGGGCCGCAACCCCGUAGGAAGCAAGAGGGCCGGGCCACUGCGGGCUGAUGGGGAGGCCCCUUCUGCCUUGCCUUACUGGUACUUCCUGCACAAGGAUGCUGAGGCCCCCUGGCUCAGCAAGCCCUCCUACGACAGCGCUGAGUGCCGCCACCAUGCUGCCGAGGCCCUGCGCAUGGCCUGGCGCCUUGAGGCCGCCUCCUUGGCUCACCGAACUGGGCCCCGCUCUGGCCCAUCCAUGUCCAGCCUGAGACCCAACAGAAAAAUGGCUACAAACUUUCUAGUGCAUGAGAAGAUCUGGUUUGACAAGUUCAAAUACGAUGAUGCAGAAAGGAAGUUCUAUGAGCAGAUGAAUGGGCCUGUGGCUGGUGCCUCCCGCCAGGAGAAUGGUGCCAGCGUGAUCCUCCGCGACAUUGCAAGAGCCAGAGAGAACAUCCAGAAAUCCCUGGCCGGACUGAAGGCGGUGCUGCCCGGCCCCCCUGAAGCCCUGAGCCAGGCUGCCCCUGGGACUAGCUCAGGCCCUGGAGCCUCUGGCGGGCCUGGUGGAGACCACAGCGAGCUGGCUGUACGCAUUGCCAGCCUGGAAGUAGAGAACCAGAACCUGCGAAGCGUGGUGCAGGACCUGCAGCAGGCCAUCGCUAGGCUGGAGGCCCGGCUGAGCAUGCUGGAGAAGAGCUCGCCCGCCCACCGAGCCACAGCCCCUCAAACCCAGCACGUGUCUCCCAUGCGCCAAGUGGAACCCCCAGCCAAGAAGGCUGCCACACCUGCAGAGGACGACGAGGACAAUGACAUUGACCUGUUUGGCAGCGGUGACGAGGAGGAGGACAAGGAGGCAGCUCGGCUGCGGGAGGAAAGACUGCGGCAGUAUGCAGAGAAGAAGGCCAAGAAGCCCUUACUGGUGGCCAAGUCUUCCAUCCUCCUGGAUGUCAAACCUUGGGAUGAUGAGACAGACAUGGCCCAGCUGGAGGCCUGUGUGCGCUCCAUCCAGCUGGAUGGGCUGGUCUGGGGUGGCUCUCAGCUGGUGCCUGUGGGCUAUGGCAUCCGCAAGCUGCGGAUCCAGUGUGUGGUGGAGGAUGACAAGGUGGGCACCGACCUGCUGGAGGAGCAGAUCACCAAGUUUGAGGAGCACGUGCAGAGUGUCGACAUUGCAGCUUUCAACAAGAUCUGAGCCAAGCACACAUUGUGUGAGGACCUACAGAGAUUAAAGACUGAGACUCAGCA